AUGGCAAGACCUCGACGAGCACCUGUUCGAACCGAAGCAGAAAUCACCCGUGAUGCAAUCGCUGAGCUUCAGGCUCAGAUGCAAACUAUCGCCGCCGCCCUCCACAACCUUAAUGUUCAACAACAACCACAAGUUCGCGAUAAUGUUGAACGUGCGAGCAACAACGAUGCAGAAGACGAUGAAGAAGCAAACCUAUUUGCCGCCGCAGCAGCAGAACAUGUGAACCCCUUCGCUCCUCUCAACGACCGUGUACUCGGUCAAGAUAACAUUCGCGGUGCAGCAGCUGUUGUUCCAUGGGAAACAGGAUUCAAAACAGAGAUUCCAGAGUUCCAUGGCAACUCAUCCGCCGAAGAACUUCUGGAUUGGAUAGUCACAGUUGAAGAAAUUCUUGAAUUCAAGAGAGCACCAAUGGAACGUUGUGUUCCGUUGUUAACAAUGCGAUUCCGCAACAGAGCAGCAGCAUGGUGGAUACAACUAAAAACUACACGAGCCCGUCUUGGAAAACCCAAGAUCAUGUCAUGGGAUAAGCUUAAAUCAAAACUUAAAAAGACAUUCUUGCCUUACAACUAUGAUCUGCUAAUGUUCCAACGACUACAUCAUAUUCGUCAAGGAACUCGUUCAGUUGCUGAAUAUUCCCAAGAAUUUUUUUUGCUGCUUACAAGAGUUGAUAUUCAAGAUUCAGAACGACAGUUGGUUGCUCGAUUCACUGCCGGCCUGCGUCAACAGAUCCAGCACACUAUCAACUUGUUUAAUCCACUGACCUUAUCAGAAGCUCACCAACAGGCACUCACCAUUGAAUCUCAAACUAAAAGCAAUUACUCUUGGUCUGCGUCUCGUACUACCCGACCUGUUCAGCAACAGCAGUCUACAAAUUUAGCCGAUGAUUCGCUUCCUCAACAAGCUGAAACUGCCCUCGUGCCUUUGACGGAUAAGACAACAACUCGACCAUCUUUACUACGAUGUUUCGCUUGCGGAGAGAUUGGUCAUCGACAAGCCAAUUGUCCGAAAAGAAAUCGCAGGGGACUUCUUCUUGAUGCCGCUGGCAAGGACGUAGAGGUUAUUUAUGAUGAGGAAAUUGCAGAAAAUCUAGAAGAAACAGAGGACCUGAUCGCAGACACUGGUCCUUGUUUGAUGAUGCGACGUGUUUGCCUUGCUCCACGCCAUAUUAAUGACAAUCCACAACGCCAUAACUUGUUCCACUCGAAGUGUACUAUUGCCGGCAAGGUUUGCAAAUUUAUUAUUGACUCGGGAAGUAGUGAAAACGUAGUGGCAGAGGACGUUGUCAACAAACUCAAUCUGACAACAGAACUUCAUCCAUAUCCAUAUAAACUCGCAUGGCUAGACAAGAAGACAGACUUGACCAUUACUCGACGUGCUCUCAUAUCAUAUUCAGUUGGUGGCACAUUCCAGGAUCAAAUUUAUUGUGAUGUAGCACCGAUGGACGCUUGUCAUCUUCUCUUAGGACGCCCUUGGCUAUUUGAUCAUCGAGUAAAACACGAUGGUUAUCACAAUACCUAUAGCUUCCGUUUCAACGAUAAAAACUUCACACUGCAACCCUAUUUACCUGAGAAGCAGAGUUUACCGUCCUCACCAGUCCUUAUUCUCCAACACAAACCUUUUGAGCGAGAGAUGCGAGAAGAGGGACGUGUUCUGAUCCUGCUGAACUCACCAGUCAACACAUCUUUACCGCAAAUUCCGGAUAGCUUUAAAUGUCUGUUGACCAAGUUUCAGGACGUCUUCCCCGACGAGUUACCAACUGGCCUUCCUCCUCUAAGAGAUAUUCAACACCGUAUUGAUCUAGUUCCAGAUGCUAUCCUACCUAAUCGAGCUCAUUACCGUAUGAGUCCAAGUGAGCAUGAAGAACUGCGACGACAAGUUGAGGAUCUCAUCACGAAAGGAUACUUGCGUGAGAGUUUGAGUCCGUGUGCAGUUCCAGCUUUGCUCAUACCAAAAAAAGAUGGAUCAUGGAGAAUGUGUGUCGAUAGCCGUGCUAUUAAUAAGAUUAUAGUCCGCUAUCGAUUUCCAAUACCACGUCUUGAUGAUCUAUUAGACCAAAUUGGUGCUGCAACAACCUUUUCUAAACUCGAUCUUCGCAGUGGAUACCAUCAAAUCCGUAUUCAACCGGGUGAUGAGUGGAAGACAGCAUUCAAAACCAGAGAAGGGCUGUUUGAAUGGCUUGUUAUGCCUUUCGGGCUUUCCAAUGCCCCUAGUACCUUCAUGCGGGUUAUGAAUCAGUCUCUUCGGCCGUUUAUUGGUAAAUUUGUGGUGGUUUACUUUGAUGAUAUUCUGAUAUUCAGUAAGUCAUUAGCCGAGCAUCUUGAACACUUGGAAGCAGUCCUUCUUAUCCUUCGUCGUGAUCAAUUCUAUGCGACGAUGAAGAAGUGUGAGUUCGGCUCUCCUAAAGUCCACUUUCUCGGCUACAUUGUUUCCGCAGAAGGACUCGCCGUGGAUACUAGUAAAGUGGAUGCAAUUAAAACGUGGCAAACUCCAUCUACAUUGUCUGAGACACGAAGCUUUCAUGGUCUCGCAUCUUUUUAUCGAAGAUUUGUGCCACAGUUUAGCAGCUUAAUGGCGCCUCUCACGGAUUGUAUUCGACGGGAUGGUGUCUUCACAUGGACUCCCGCCGCAGCCACCGCGUUUGAGAUUAUCAAAUCAAAGUUGAUUUCAGCUCCUAUACUUGCUCUACCUGAUUUUACCCUGGUCUUUGAACUCCAUUGUGAUGCUUCUAAGUUGGGAAUCGGUGCUGUCUUGAGUCAGCGAAACCGGCCUAUCGCCUUCUUCAGUGAAAAGCUGGCAGGAGCUCGUUUACGUUGUAGUACUUAUGAUGUGGAGUUUUAUGCCGUGGUUCAAGCAAUCAAGCACUGGAGACAUUAUCUUUUUCAUAAAGAAUUCGUUCUCUAUACAGAUCACGAUGCGUUAAAACACUUGAGUAGUCAAGAUAAGGUCUCGGCAAGUCAUGCCUCGUGGGUGUCUUAUUUACAGCAGUUUACUUUUGUUAUCAAGCACACGUCGGGUAUCUCCAAUCGAGUGGCUGACGCACUAAGCCGUCGUCGUUCUUUGCUGGGUGUUCUUCAUGUUUCAGUUCCCGGCUUUGCAGCUUUUGCUGACUUCUACGAGUCUGAUGAAUAUUUUGGUCGGAUUCUUCUUGAUGUUCAGAAUGGCGUAUCACGCGAUUUCACUCUUCAUGAUGGGUUUCUUUUUCGUGGCGACCGUCUCUGA